CUCUUGCUCUUGUUUCCCUGUUUUUGUUUUUAAGAAUCGAUGUUUGUUUGAUUUUUGUCAAAUCCUCCUUUACUCUGAUUCUGCGUGAAAAGAAUGGACUGUUGGAUAAAUCCCUUUACGAUGCAAGAAAAGAAACUUCACUUCUCCACCAAAUAAAGUUUCAAUCUUUUUUUUUGUUAGGGUUUCCUCUCUCUCUUUUCUUUGGGAGAUUUCAAUCGGAGGAGAGAUAUAAAAAAGAUGAUAGAUUUCAGUCGAGUCCAGAAAGUGCUUCAAGAUUGCCGGAUCUGGUGGUGGGUCUGUGAUCUCUGAAUCUGAGCUUGUUAGCUUUGGUAUUACCGAUGAUUUGAGAGAGUUUGUUAAAGGUUUGACGUCUGCUACGUUCCAGGCUUUUCCUGAACAAGGCUCCUGGUCGGGAAAAUGAAGAUCUUGAGCUUGAUCUUUCAAGCUUAGGAGCUGUUAAUACAAUAUUCGCCGCCCUGUUCAAUAAGCUUGGAGUUCAAAUCAAGACAACUGUCUCAGCAAAUUUAUUGGAGGAAGCGCUGAAUGGUACGGUCUACUUUGCCUCUUACUGUUGGGCAAGUUGUUUCCAGGUAGGUUGAAAAACAAUCGGCUCACUUUUAUUUUGUUACGUUAACAGAAGAAGAAGCUCAUGCCGGAUUGAUCUGUAAAGUGCAGUCAUCUGCUAAGAACAAAUUCAAGUUGCUUUACUUUGAUCAAGAAGAGAAUGGAGGACUGAGCUUGGCCCUACAGGUAGACAGCAGGAAGACAGGAAAGCUCUCGACUGCAGGGUUAUACUUUUUCGGCUUUCCUGUUUACCGUUUCGAUCACAGGGUUUAUAUUCAUCUCUUAUGUGCUACAUUGUUUGAUGUUGCAGCAAAUUUCCAAGUUAAGUUAUGAGUUAUGCCCACGAGUCAUGAAAGAAAGGAGGUUCUGGAGGAUAUACUUUACCGUAGUGAGCACUCAUGUUGCACCUUCUCAAGAAAGAAGAGGAGGAGAGGAAAGCGAUAGAAGGCACUGGACGCAAAGUCACGACCAUUGGUAAAGUUGACAGUCCAGAUUUGACAAGCUUUGUUCGCCAAUUUCCACCGGAUUCUAAAGUGUCUGAAUUCAAGAAACUUGAAGGGUAUGAACUGGGUUUGUUUGCCAUCUUUGAUGGUCAUUUGGGGCAUGAUGUGGCCAAAUACUUACAGACUAAUCUCUUUGACAACAUUCUAAAAGAGAAGGAUUUUUGGACUGACACUGAGAAUGCUAUAAGGAAUGCAUACAGAUCGAUAGAUGCAGUGAUAUUGCAGCAAUCCCUUAAGCUUGGUAAAGGCGGAUCAACGGCUGUAACAGGAAUACUAAUUGAUGGUCAAAAGCUAGUUGUUGCUAAUGUUGGAGAUUCAAGAGCAGUGAUGUCUAAGACUGGCGUUGCGCAUCAGCUCUCAGUCGAUCAUGAACCAAGUAGGGAGAAAAAAGAGAUAGAGAAACGAGGCGGCUUUGUAUCAAAUAUUCCAGGGGAUGUUCCACGAGUGGAUGGACAGUUAGCAGUUGCUAGAGCGUUUGGAGAUAAGAGCUUAAAGAUACAUCUGAGCUCAGAACCGGACAUAACACACCAGGCAAUUGAUGAUCACACUGAGUUCAUCCUUUUUGCCAGUGAUGGUAUUUGGAAGGUAUUAUCGAACCAAGAAGCUGUUGAUGCGAUCAAGAGUAUCAAAGAUCCGCAUGCAGCUGCAAAGCACUUGAUAGAGGAAGCUAUAGCUAAGAAGAGGAAAGACGACAUCUCAUGUAUCGUUGUAAAGUUCCACUAAUCCCUUCUCCUUCUUCUUUCUAGACUCUUUUUUUUUGUUUUUUUUUUGUGUCUAUAGUUUACCAUUGAGUUUGCAAGAUAGAGAUAUAUAAAUGCUCUAACUGUGUAUGUAAAAAACCAAUAAUGAGGUUUCCCAGUAAGAUGUAAUAUAUUUAUGUAAGCAUGUAUGCUUUUCUUCACAGAUGAAUGAAAAUAAGAAAUCGUUAACAGA